UCCCAGGCCCUAGGCAGACUCCGCCGCUCUCCUGCGUGCGUUGGCACUGUGGGUGCCGCUUCUUCCGCCGCGUUCUGGCCCCGAAGGCUCGGGCCUCAAAUCUCAAGAAGACAACCAUGGCAUCCUCUGCACAGAGGAAAAGGGUGAGUCCCAAGCCUGAGCUUACUGAAGAGCAGAUCCAAGAAAUCCGGGAAGCUUUUGAUCUCUUUGAUGCCGACGGAACUGGAACCAUAGAUGUCAAGGAACUUAAGGUGGCGAUGAGGGCACUUGGCUUUGAACCCAAGAAAGAAGAGAUUAAGAAAAUGAUAAGCGAAAUUGAUAAGGAAGGGACAGGGAAAAUGAACUUCAGUGACUUUUUGACUGUCAUGACACAAAAAAUGUCUGAGAAAGACACCAAGGAAGAGAUACUGAAAGCAUUCAAGCUCUUCGAUGAUGACGAGACUGGAAAGAUCUCAUUCAAGAACCUGAAACGCGUGGCCAAGGAGCUGGGCGAGAACCUCACGGAUGAGGAGCUUCAGGAAAUGAUUGAUGAAGCUGACCGUGAUGGGGAUGGAGAGGUCAGUGAGCAGGAGUUCCUUCGUAUCAUGAAGAAGACCAGCCUUUACUGAGCCCCAUCUGCUUGUGUCUCCCACAAGCACAUGCGGUUCAAACCCUGGAGCUGCCCUAGGUGAACCUUGUCUCCGCAAACACAAGCUCUGUCCUGCCUUUGGCCUCCCCAUGUACCUGUUGCCACCACUUGGCAUCUAGUUUCCACCUCUGAAAGUUGGAUUUGCUAGGAAGCUGCUCAUCAGGGGAUCUGACUACUUUAGUUCUCCCAGGUACAUGAGAGCAGAGGUCUCUGAGCUGCUGCUGGCCUUGCCACCUUCUUCCUGAAUUCCGCUUUCAUGUACCCACAGAAAGAUUUCCUAGACAAGCAAAUCUUGUGCUUGUAUCCCCCCUCUGGGCAGGGUUAGCUCUGGGAUGGGCCUGUUUAAUUGACACCUGAGCUUUCUCUUUUAUAAAAAUGCUCUCACUUGCAUUCAGAUGAGUACUUGUGUAUUUGUUAUGUCUUUAAAAUAAAUUUUUUCUUAUUUUG